CGUGUCAAAAAACGGUCAGAGGUCAAAUCUCUGCCUUCUGGGGUAACAUGCCCCCUUUGAGACGAAUUAAGCGACUGAUGUGAUUACAAUAGGAUGAGACUGGCAACAUUUCUGCCAUAAGAAUAGUACCGCUAUACGCAACCUACCACUUUUACCACACACGGAUGAGUAUAAAACUUGCUCAUCUCAUAAGUAAAAAGGGUUACCUCACUCACUUGCUCACUCGUUCACUAGCAAUAAAAAACAAGGUGGAUAAAAACAGUGAAUCAUACGCUCUUUAAAGAAGAAACCCUUGUUGUUCAACUAAAUUAUUUAGCAGCUCAGUAGUCAAGUCAAAAGACAAAAUCUAAUAUUUAACUAAAUAUUAUACUAAAUUUAAAGUCAUUUUCAUUAUUUACUGAAUAAAAAUUUGAGUGUCUCUAGCAGCGACCCGAAAUAGACAAUUUGCUGACGACGAAAAUAUCAACCAUUUUGGGAAAAGUGAAUUUCUAAUUAAUUACAGAUCGGAUCAAGUUAGUUGUGCUGUUAGUUAAUUAAUUUUAAAAGGGCGUUGCUGGUCCAUCACAAUUGACUCGUGCAACAGUGCCCGUGUGACGGAGGAGUCGUCACCACCACAAAUUGUUGCAGUUCCAAUCAUGUCGGGUGACCAGAGGACCGUGAUAAAGGGCAAUCCGUCGCAAUACGUUAAGCUAAAUGUGGGAGGGUCUCUGUACUACACGACCAUCGGGACGCUCACCAAAGUUCCGGAUACCAUGUUGCAAGCCAUGUUUUCCGGGAGGAUGGAGGUGCUGACAGACUCGGAGGGUGAGGUCAAAUUAUCAAUCAGUUACGGUCAAAAUAAAUCUAAAAUAUGGAAUGCAUUUGCAGGUUGGAUCCUAAUUGACAGGUGUGGAAAACAUUUUGGGACGAUUUUGAACUACUUACGUGACGCUGCAGUCCCCCUGCCCGCAAAUACGACGGAUAUUGAAGAAAUUUUGGCCGAGGCUAAAUUUUAUUGUAUGACGGGACUCGCUAACCUGGCCGAGAAGGCGUUAGAGAGUCGCAAUGCUGUGAUGAACCCUAUCUGCCAAGUUCCAUUCAUUACGUCGGAGGAGGAGAGAAAGCAAUUUAUCGCUAAUGCUACCAGACCCGUCGUGGAACUUUUAAUAAAUCGACACAACAAUAAAUACUCGUAUACGAAUACGUCAGAUGAAAAUCUAUUGAAGAAUUUGGAAAUGUUUGACCGCCUUGCGUUAAGAUUCAAUGGAAGAAUUCAUUUUAUUAAGGAUGCGAUAGGACCAUCAGAAAUCUGCUGUUGGAGGUUUUACGGCAAUGCAAAAAAGUUUGCGGAAGUGUGCUGCACUUCCAUAGUUUAUGCAACGGAUAGAAAACACACGAAGGUCGAGUUCCCGGAAGCAAGAAUUUACGAAGAAACUUUAAACUCAUUCCUGUAUGAGAACAGGCCUGGACCGGAUCAGGAAUUGAUGAGGGCGACAUCGGUUCGUGGACUGGGUGGUGUUACGAAUUGCACUUCCGACGAAGAGGAAGAACGUCGCAAUAUUCGGUCUGGAAAUAUGGGCAAGGGCAUUUUAAACCGAUGAAAUAAUCAUAAAAGGCAAUAGUGAAUUAAUUCCUGCUAAGCAAUUAUUGCUAAUAAGAAAUCUCAGAUUUUAUCCUUCAGAUAAAGUUAAAAAAAUAUGAUAAUUUCCAAGUGCUUUGUUGGUAGCCACUAUAAUUAUAUUUAACCGGAAACGAAUAGCUAUUAUACUGCAAAAUUGUUAAGUGGAAUAAGGUGUGACAUAAAAUGAAAUAAUUAGCCACAUAAACAAUUCAAUAUUUCAAUGAAUAAAAUAUGUUGCCUUGGAGUUAAUUGACAU